AUGAAAAUCGAUGUUCCUGAUGCAAAGCUGCCUUCUACUGCUGCAAAGCCGUUGCUGCCAGAUCCUGUUGCGCAAAACCUUGCCGAUGACCUCGCUAGAAAAGAGCAACUAGGCUCUGCUGGCUCGGAUGAGGUCUCUGCUGCUGCGGAUAAACAAGACCCACCAAUGAACUCGUUGCCAGAAUCAUCUGUAAUCAGAGACAUCAAUAUACUCUCUUUGCCGAAAUCAUCUUUGCCACCGGGAGAGGAAGUCCAGUGUGAUCCACCACCUGUAAUCAGAGGCAUCACUGGUAUUUCAUCGUUGGAAGAAAAUCACCGAUCUAUCGCUGAUGUUGCGACCGAAUUCCCAACCGCGACUAAAACUCUUGCCGUCGCUGAGCUGCGGACUUCCCCUGACGCCGCCGCUGCUACACGUCAAUCACCGGAGGAAAAUUUUGAGAAAUCAUUGCUGAUUUCGCGGCGGCCUCAACGCAAGAGAUUCUUGAAGUUACGCCCCUUACCUUUGCGAAACAAACUUCUCAGUCAACACAAUCUGGAGUCAUCACAACCAGAUUUUCAAUUUUGA